GCCUAAGGUACAAAAUUUUGCCACUUAGUUCAGUUUUGCUGUUGACGCUCAGAAAACAACCAAAAAAUUGGUCAAUCCGAGUCUGUGUUCUCUCAUAACAACAAAAUGAAACGCUUUCUUCGAACAGCGCUCAUGUCUGUGCGAAUUCUGUUCCUGAUCUUGUUACCACAUGCAGUUACAAUGGAAAAAGAAUACUGCAUGCCUGAGGAUUUCACAAACGUGGCGAUUCCUUUUCGCUUGCUGUAUGGAGGUAAGUUUAAUUUAGGAAAGUCCUUAUUCCUGCUUCUAACUCACAGGGCUAUAUGUAUUGUUUUUUUUUAUAUUUCCAUGUCAUUUCUGCAACAAUUUUAGUUACCAAUAAACGUUAAGUUUUUCUUUGCUUGAUAUAUAAAUAUUAUUUUCGUUGUAGAUGUUUGUCCUUUGAUAAAAAACAUUUUGUCUGAAGCGACGUAUGAUUUCCAGAAUCAUUGUGCCAUGAAGUGUUUGCAAUAUCCAUUCUGUGCUGGAUACAAUUUUAAGAAAAAGCACCAGAAGAAGACUCCAAACUGCCAGUUAACACACACGCUGGAUCACAACUUUCACGAUUGCAACGCUGAUGACAAAGGCUGGAUAUUUUAUCAUCCCAUUGCUCCAAGAAAGGUAUGAAACUGCAGUAAAAAUAUACUUAGCCUAGCUAAUAAACUUUACCCACGAAUUAGCUUAUUAAUGCCUAGCAAGCAAUGCCAAUACCAAUAGUCUUAAAUAACUUAUUUACUAUAGUAUACGCGGAAUUAGUUUAUUUGUGCCCAAGCAGCUAGUGAACAGAAUGCAUGACAAUUUUGCGAUCUUCACAAAUUUUCCUACUAGCUAUAUAUACCGUAUUCCGCCGGGCAGCAAGUGAAAAAUCGAUGCCCACCCGAACCGGCUACGUGUACAGUAUACAAAUAAACAAAAUGUGGGCACAACUCCCAAGUAUAUAAACUAUACAACAGAAGAAAAAUACAUAACAGGCAACAGGAUAUGCUGCUGAAAUCGUUUAAGUAGGUUCUUUUAGUUUAUACAUUAUAGAGUUUUUGUCAUGAAAUGCAAUAAAUUUAUGCUGCAUAAAUGUUGCUGAUUUUUCUUUCGUCCCUAUAACAAAACGUGUAGCAUGCGAGUGACGACGUAUAGGCGUGUUUUAUGCUUGAUUUACACAGUACAACUAAAGUUGUAAGCAGGUUGCAUGUGACAGUUUUUGGGAAAAGUUGUGUCGUGUAGUAUCGUCCUAUAUAUAUAUAUAUAUAUUUAUGGGAAAAUUAUAUAUUUUUGAUACACUAUUGCAUCAUUUUACCCUAUAGUUCCGAAAAUAUUUUUAAUGAAAAAUGUUAGCUAUAUUUUAAAGACAUCCACUGCGGUAUAUAUUAUCAAUUAAAACUCGUUCUCGUUUAAUUUAAAAAUACUGGACCAAUUAUUGUAGUUAACUUGUGAUGUUAUUCCGUUAUUUCAGCUUAAACAAUUAAAUUUGCAUGCAGGCUGAGUUUCUCUUAGUUUACAGUGAGCUGAAUUCUAACACAUUCCCUUCACAGGUUCCAUGUCAUAAAAUGAAGAAUUGUAAAAAUGAGGGAAAGACGAUCAUUUAUCUCAAAGAUGGACCUGGUUCUGAUCCUUACAGGUGUGAGUGUCCAAAGGAUACAGUGGAGAUCUCUGCCAAAUUGGUGAGUUGUUAAAGAAAAAGAUUGCUGCGCAAGAUAAAGAUGAAAUAGAAUGAGAAUAAAAAGUUACUGCAACAAGAACUCAUAUCAAGCCAUGCAUGCUAAAAAAAUGUUUACGCAUGUUCGCUCGGGUGUGCUGCAACUUCAAGACGAAACUGUCCUCUGAAUAAUAAUUAGCAUUCAAUGAAUUCACUUUUUGUUGCAAGUGCAGCAAUUUUGUUGUCUGUGUUACUCCACCUUAAGUAAUUUAUUAUUUUGCUGCACGAGGUUUGUUUGAUUCUUUAUAUCUAUAUAUAGAUAGAUAAGGGUAUACGAAUUUGAGUCCAGUUUGGAAAGACACAUCCGCGAGUGAGAUUUUUUAAAGACGAUCAAAAUUGGAUGAGUCCGAAUGAUGAGGCCCCCGCAACAACUUUGUUUUUCUAGAGCUGGCUUGAUAUUUUUUGGAACUUUUUUGGGACUUAAUUCUUGAUACAAAAAUACAAUAGAUAAAAAGAUGUGUUAACCCGAGAAUUUCAUGAUGUUUCUUAUUCUCAUUUAGUCCCGACACUUUCUGACUCCGUCAUAUUAUCUGGAGAACCAGCUGACUUUCUGACAAGAUUAACUUCAUGGACCGGAAAGUCAAGCACUAAUUGGAAGCUGUGUUGGCGUGCAACUCUACAUGGAUGGGCAGCCAGUACCUUCCACUUAAAAUGCGAUAACAAGAAACCAACCGUGACCAUAAUAAAAGUUGGAAACUUCAUCUUCGGUGGUUAUGCUACGGAGUCUUGGGAAGGUGAGACUUACAAUAGUUUUUCCCAUCAGGUUUUCAGCUGUUUUGAACAAGGAAAAUGCCAGAGUCGUUGCUUGGAGAUAGCUAGCUAGACAUACAUGAAUACCUGUAUGCAGGACUCUAUAAGAGUAAAUUCUAUACUUAAUAUAUUGAGAAUUAUGGCGUUUUUGGUAAGUCCGGGCAGGAGUUUGAAAAAUAAAUCUUUAAACAGUGCAUGUCAAAAUUAUUGUGUGACAAUCGUGUGUAAAUAAUUUACAUGCCUGUUCGUGCGAUCGAUCAAACAGCUGAACUGAUCAAGUGAAGAUGUUUAUUGGCAGAUCGUAAUUUACUUAGUGCGAGAGUGAAAUGCAUGCAGCUUUUGAUAAAAUAUAGAGGCUCUCCUGGCAACAUUACUGUUAACCACUCAAUUACUUUUUAAAUGUGAACACAACUCGCACAGACUGAUAGGUACUGCGUUUCUAUAUUUACCCCACUUUAGCGCCCAAAUCUCACGUCUUUGUUCCUUAGCCUUUCCUCAUCUUAAUAUUAGAUUCGUUUUUCCUCCAACUUUACGUUUGUCUCAACGCUUCACCUUUAAGGACAAAAUUCCUAAUGCUUUAAGAUCUUGUGUUGUGCAUUCUUUCACGUGUCGUUGCUGUUCCGCAAGAUAUUUGAGUCAAACGGUCCGUCACUUGCACACACGAGUAUCUGAACACUUCGGUGUUUCUCUUCUAACAGGCA